AUGCCAUCUGCACAACCACCUGCUUCCGUCUCUUCGAUCUCGCCUGAUCCGUCAUCAUCUCCAGCGCCAGCCGGAAGGGCAAGUGGCGCAGACUCAUCAAAUCCAGCAGCAGCGUCCGCUGCCGACAAGGAUAAGCCGCGGCUCACUGAACAAGAGAAGAAGAACAACCACAUUGCUUCCGAACAGAAACGCCGCGCCGCAAUUCGGGAAGGGUUCGAUCGAUUGACUGAACUAGUGCCGGGUCUUGAAGGCCAAGGCCGCAGCGAGAGCAUAGUCUUAAAGAAGACAGUCGAAUUCAUGCACUUGCAGCUGCAAGAGAGGAGGAAUCUUAUCGCAGAGAUUGAGCGCAGAGGUGGUAUUGUGGAAGACUCGUUCCGGCGAUAA